AAAAAAAAAUUUUAUAUCGCAGCUUUUAUGCAUCAUUCAAUAUUUGCGCGUCAAUUAAAAGAGCUGCAAUAGUCGAUUAUCUCAAACAUCGAUAUUUUGGAAGGUUAUAACUGUCGGCGAUAAGCAGAAGUACGAUAUCGCUACUUUUGAUUGGGUCAUCGACAGUGUUGCAACCCUGAUUGAAGGUUUAUUGAUCAAAAGAAAAUGUUGUUCUAGCUUCCAAAUGAACUAUUUAUUAAUUAAAUAAAAAUGUAUUUUGUAAUUUUAUUUCUUAAAUUACCGUUCAGUGUAUUUUAGUGCAAUGUAUUAAUAUGAAGGUUAUUUGAUUUGACGUGAAAUUAAAUGUGCACUUAUGUACUUCUUCUGAAUGGGGACUUUUGUAUGUGUAUGUGCAGUUAAGCUCUCUGAUCUGAAAAUGACAAAGUACGCCCUUUACAAUAUCAGUCGGAAAUAUAAAACAUAUCCGGCCAAUCUCAAUAUGGAGUGCAAGUCUCAACUGCUGGAAGAACACGAAAAUGUGACCUUAAUUGUAAACCGUAGAAGUGCAGUACGUCAAAGCCCUAAAAGGUGGAUGUUUAGAUGUCGAUGGCAGAAAAAGCUGGCGAUAUCCCUGGCACUAAUUUGCAUAUGUGUUCUCAUCAUCUUUGCCUAUACAGACCAGCUAUUUCGAAAUAAAAUAUUCUCGGUAUUUCUGUCAAGCCGACUAACGCAGAUCACAAACGUUGCAAAAUUGCAAACAAGUUAUCCGCAAAAUGAACAAACAUUAAGUACAUCGAAUUAUCCAAGCUUGAAGCCAAUGCAAUAUCUGUUAAAUUACUCUUCUGUCCAUCUGAACUUGAGUUCGCAUAUGAAAACAUCCACAUCGGACUACAACAUAUUUGUUAUAUAUACUAGAGAAAACUAUCGACUUCAAAUGAAAUUCGAUCUGUUUGCACAUAGUUUAUUUAAGCAUACCAAUGCGCAAUUGCAUUUGCACAUAAUAACGGAUAAGGAGAGCGAAAUGUCAGUACUUGACAUACUUCAGCGGAAGAUACGAAGAUUUCGGAGAAUAGUGAUAUACACGAUGUAUGACGUGCAGAUAUGUUCCAACAUUAUACAGGAUAUAACUGCCAAACUUUCGCCAUACUUCAGCUCCAUGCCCAAUUCCUAUUACAGUGAUUCCCUUUUCUUUUUAUCCCUUGGCUUGCAUCGCAUUGCGGAUAUUAGCUUAAAUCGUGCUAUUCUUUUUGAUUGUGAUAUUGUUUUCCGUUCCGACGUUCGAUUAUUAUUUGCCGAAUUUGAUCGCUUUCUACCGCAUCAGCUUUAUGGGCUUGCACCUGAACUAACACCUGUGUAUAGACAUAUACUUUAUCGCUACCGUGUACGAUUUCCGAAAUCGAAUUUCGGUAAUCCCUACCAUCCAAUGCAAUUAGUUAAGAAUAAUAAGAAUAAACUGGUAGCUAAUCGCAUUCAUGAGCAUCAUGGUUACCCUGGCCUUAAUUCUGGAGUAGUACUUAUGCUUUUAAAUCGUAUUAGAGAUUCGAAAACGUAUUCAGAGGUGCUCACACAAUAUGAAGUGCAUAGACUAGUAGAUAAGUACUCAUUCAAGGGUCACCUAGGAGACCAGGAUUUUUUUACACUACUCGGAUACGAGUACCCGAAUCUAAUAUACAGAUUAGAUUGUAUAUGGAAUAGACAACUCUGCACGUGGUGGAAAGAUCACGGUUAUAGUAAUAUAUUUGAUGCAUACUUUCGUUGCGAAGGCGUUAUAAAAAUGUACCACGGCAAUUGUAAUACACGCAUUCCCGAAUAAUAAUACAAAUUAUACAUAUAAAUUCAUGUAUUCAUAUAAUAAAUUCCGUUGUAAAACAUAGAAUUCA